UCGAAAACCGAACGUGCCUGUGCUGUGCUUUAUGGGGAUCGAUGGUUUGCUUGAGACGUUUGUCUCUGAUGGGACAUUUGAUCAGCACCAAUUUACCUCAUGUGUUCGAAGCUUUACAACAAGCAGUUCUUGCAAUCAAUACCCCGGCAUAAACUUAAUUUGGAUCAUGGAUGGAGCGAAAAUUCAUUGCUGCGACAAAAUCAUUUAUUACUUGCGGUCUUUAG